GAAAAAUCAUUCGUGCGAUCACUUGGACAGUAUCUCAAUAUUCAGCCUGAUCAGUCAAGAGCAGCGCUUGUAGUUUACGGCAGUCGUCCUUUGACCGUCAUUCGGUUGUACAAUUCUCAGACCUUUGCUCGGUUUGACUCCAUGUUGACAAAAGCGCCAUUUCUCGGUGGUGCGCGGAGGUACGACAAGGCACUCAACUCUACGGGAGACAUCUUCACAAAUGAGCGAGAAAAUGUCCCAAAAAUCAUGCUGCUGUUUGUGGCGGGAAAACAAGCACAAGUUUCAGGUAACACUUGAUAAGCAUUUUGUAUGAAUUAGUCAUUGAUUUAUUCUGUUAAUAAUUAAUUAUAACAACUGACCUCCACACACAAGGAAUUUUAUUAGGGACGGACCAUCAGAACAGUUAUGGGGUGGGGGGGAGGGGAAUUUUUUUUCGUAAUCAAAUUCCUUGUAUGAAUUUUUUUUAGGCCAUAGCAUGAAUAUUUUUUAGGAUUAACGCCCCACCCCUAUAAGUUUUCUAAUGGUCCGUCCCUUAUGGUGCUGGCUGGGCAAACGAGCGUUAUGAAUAUGAAUCAGGAAUUUGUGAUUUGUUACCUGAGCGAGAACCACGCGUGUUCUCGUCGUAUCUUGUCUUCCACAAGGAAAUGAUUUUUUUCUCUAUUCCCGACAAAAACCUUCAUUCCUUUCACCUUUUUUCGGUAGAAUAAUAAGUUAUCAACCUUUCUCAUUUGUGUUCUCCUCUGCUAAUGAAAACCAUUUAAGGCAUCGCUUCACCGUUUUACAUGAUAUCUGGUUUCUUUUUCAAGGCUCCACAUCGUUAAAAGAUGCCGUUAGGCCACUUCGCCAACAGGGAGUCACAACUUUCAUAUUUCGUAUUGGUUCAGAACCUGGAAUACAAGAAUUGUACUCUGCUGUGGAAAGUCCCGACAAUGUUUUUACUUUUUCACGUUUUUCUGACAUGGAUUCCAAAGUGACGGAUGUGGCAAGACAUAUACCAUUUUAUUCUGGUAUGUGAGCGUUUACUUUGUGGUGUUAUUAGCACUUAAAUUAAAAUAGGUUGAAAGGCCGUGAAACAGUUGAGUUGUUAAAAAGUUUUUGAAAUAGUUUGUGGUAUUACAAUCAGGUAGCCUAAUCAUGCUCGAGCUUUCGAUUUUCCUGUUAUCUGAGGUUAAUGGAAGUUCGCGCGAAAAAAAAUCGAUUGGCUGUGCCUAUUUUCUUUGCUUAUUUUUUUUUUCUAUUUUAGUUGUUUCGUGGUGGUAAUAUUACAUAGACAGGAUUAAGAUUGUAAUGUACAGUAUCUGUGAGUUAAAAACAGAAGCAAUGAUAAUUUUCGUUUUGGGCUUUGGAAAUGUAUACUGACUCGACGGCUCGCUCUCGUCAUUUAAGAGGAAAUGAUUGAAUCAUUUUGGGGAAGUUCUCCGCGGAAAGAUUACGUCGCUGAAACAUACGAAAAAAAAUACUAUCGCUAAAUCAGAAAGAUGUUUAUUUUCUUAAGGUGACCUAUAUCUAUUAAAUAACAACUUAACAACAUACUUUGUAAACUUUUAUGAAGCUGCGAACUGUAAGAAAUUGAUUGGAAGCCACUUUAAAAAGCCUACGUACAUUAAGAAGUCUAAUGAACUACACUAAAAUACUGUUUAUCGCGAUUGCAUCUUGCUUAGAGAAAAAAAAAAUACAGAUCGAUGAAGUAUACAUUCAAGUAAAGGUUACACCUUUGUCGCACCUUUGUUAACUAUCUGGCCUAUUUCCCACACGUAAAUCCGCCUAGAGUUUCUUCAAUGGCGUACUUCAUGAACAGUGUAGCGUUGAAAUGACCCGAGUAAGCAUUAUUAUUUGAACCAAUCGGUUUUUUCGAAAGAUACUAUUUUUUUUGCUGUUAUAUAAAAUUUAUUAUCAAAUUAAUAAACGACGUAAAUGGGUGAAUAAGAAAAAAUAAAGGAAGUGUGUAGACAAUGGCAGUCUUUGUGACUAGAGAUAUCUCAGGAAUGUCUGAGGUCUCCAAACUAAUGCUUUCUGAACGUUGCUCGAAAAUACCUCCACACGCCUGCCUGUUCCGCUUGUACUAAAAGCAAGUGGCAGUUUUUAGCAGCCCUCACUGUUAUUCUGAAGGCUCUCCGCGAAUAAAUCGUGAUGUCAAAUGUUGUGAGUUACGUUUUAUUUCUGCAAGGUAAGAUACUGCGUUUUGUUUCCAUAUUUACGUAUUCAUUUCACUAAAAUAUCUUAUGCUGUGUUUGUUUUAUUGUAUUAUAAUUUUGGUUCAUAAGACAAGAAAUAUAAAAUCGAGUACCGUCCAGGCAAUGGAAACGUUCAUUAUUCAAUUUGUUGACAGUGUUAAUUUAAAAGGUUUGUCAUGCUGUGUUGAUUGCAAUCACCUAGGUUUGUUACAAAGAUAAUUACUUGACCAAUAACAAUUUUCGUUUGGCACUAUGGUGGGUNCUUAGAGAAAAAAAAAAUACAGAUCGAUGAAGUAUACAUUCAAGUAAAGGUUACACCUUUGUCGCACCUUUGUUAACUAUCUGGCCUAUUUCCCACACGUAAAUCCGCCUAGAGUUUCUUCAAUGGCGUACUUCAUGAACAGUGUAGCGUUGAAAUGACCCGAGUAAGCAUUAUUAUUUGAACCAAUCGGUUUUUUCGAAAGAUACUAUUUUUUUUGCUGUUAUAUAAAAUUUAUUAUCAAAUUAAUAAACGACGUAAAUGGGUGAAUAAGAAAAAAUAAAGGAAGUGUGUAGACAAUGGCAGUCUUUGUGACUAGAGAUAUCUCAGGAAUGUCUGAGGUCUCCAAACUAAUGCUUUCUGAACGUUGCUCGAAAAUACCUCCACACGCCUGCCUGUUCCGCUUGUACUAAAAGCAAGUGGCAGUUUUUAGCAGCCCUCACUGUUAUUCUGAAGGCUCUCCGCGAAUAAAUCGUGAUGUCAAAUGUUGUGAGUUACGUUUUAUUUCUGCAAGGUAAGAUACUGCGUUUUGUUUCCAUAUUUACGUAUUCAUUUCACUAAAAUAUCUUAUGCUGUGUUUGUUUUAUUGUAUUAUAAUUUUGGUUCAUAAGACAAGAAAUAUAAAAUCGAGUACCGUCCAAGCAAUGGAAACGUUCAUUAUUCAAUUUGUUGACAGUGUUAAUUUAAAAGGUUUGUCAUGCUGUGUUGAUUGCAAUCACCUAGGUUUGUUACAAAGAUAAUUACUUGACCAAUAACAAUUUUCGUUUGGCACUAUGGUGGGUAACUAGGGUGGUAAUUUCUCUAUGCGUGUAUCACGAAAUAUCUGAUACCUAACAGACUGGUCUCAUUCUAGAAGGAAAGUGCACAUUUUUUUCUUCAUUAGUGGGUGUCCAUCUUAGUUAUAAUGUAAUAUUAAGGAGGCUCGAAAACAGAUUACACAAGCGCAAACUGUGCGGGAACUAAGACUUUAACUUUAAUUUAACGCAAUUGUACAUUUCGCUAUAUGUGGGCUCAUGCUCCUGUGAAAGAUUGUAAGAUAUUUGACAUAAGAAUAAGUCCUUAAACAAAAGAUACCGUUAAAUUAACGCAAACUGCAGUGAUCUACGUCUAAAUUUAAAGUUUUGAAUUAGCCCGAAAAUGUGGCAGAGGUCGUUAAAGAAUUUAAGGGUUAAGGGGCGGGAAAUCUACUGACAGAAAGCAUCGUUACUUAAUGGCUGUGUGCAGAUUUGAUAUACCCAUUAAAAGGGUAUGCCCUCCCUUCAGGGGUUCAUUGCUAGGACUAGGAGUGUUUACAACAUUGAACUUUAUAUUGCCGGGAAAAGAGGCACAUUAAAUAAACAUCUUAGUAUGUGGGAAAAGUUAAUCAAUAUAAUCUGAUCUCAUUAACAAUUAAGGUGGCUGAACACAGUUUUGAGGGCGAUCAGCGGUAACUCGCGUGACGGCGCGUGUUUUAAAUUAGACAAACAAACAUGGCGGCGAAAAAAGCAGUGGUACACAGAAGACAAUUUCUCAAAAUCUGCUCAUUAAAAUUUUGUGAUAUUUGGCAGAAUUUUUACUUUUAUCGUACUUUCAAUAAUAAGAACUUUAAAAUGGAAGUUCAACAGACGAAUUUUGCGACACAUUUAAUAAUUACAGUACAAUCAUGUUAUUGAUUAUCUUAAAACCGUCUGUUAAAAUUUGGUCAAAUAAGUUUCAGAUGGUAAUGAUUAAUUAUAGUAAGCUGUGUGCUAGGAACAUCUAAUGAAGGAAUUUUAUGUAAAUUGAGCAAAAGUGAAAUUUUAAGGUUGUAUUCAAUCGUUCAUGUUGCCAUGGAAACUACAAAAGCGUCACAUUUUACCUGUCUUUCUCAAACUCAUUAAUAAUUCAUAAAGAAAAUUCUAAUGAAAUUAAUGUUUAAUGAGUGUUUGGAUAUCAGAUGAAAAACUGCUCAUUUUUGCAUCCUUAAUUUCUCCUUCAAAAAUGAUUUUGUUUGAGAAGAAAUAUCAAACAUUCGACACAGUGUUUCAUCACCAGAUGAAACACCUCGAAGUUCGUCAAAAAUACUCCGCUGCGCGUCGUAUUUUCAACUCUCUUCUCGGUGUUUCAUCUGGUGAUGAAACACUGCGUCUCAUGUUUGAUAUAUUACGUCAAAAUCUUUCAUCAGUAUAUUUUUUUCUUGCCAAGUUUCAGCUUGUGAGCUGCAACCUUUCUCUUGCCAUGAUAUGGCAAAUGACAAAUACUCACAAACUGCCAAAACUGUAUUCAGCCACCUUAAAUAUUGUACAUAAAUAUUAAGAUAAGUACUUUCUAUCAACUUAGAUGUUGACUGCUGUACUAGUUUUGUUUUUUGUUUGUUUGUUUUUCCUUUUAAGUUUACUCUGUAAAAUGAAAACUUCAAACAAAAAUUCAAAAAUUAAUAAACUACAAAAAAGAAAUAUACCCAUUAAAAAAGAGAGAAAUAUAAGAGCGACUGACAAAAACGCAAUGGACUUUUCUUAUUAAAUGUUAUAUAUCAAAGGAAAUACGACGAAAGGUACAACCUCUUGCCGGGACCGACAAACCGUUAUAAAAAGCCCACGUUAAUUUUUCACAUUUUUUUCUUUCCCUAGCAAUCCUCGCUCCUUUUGGCUUCGCGGUUGAUGUUGUUUACCUUGUCGACUCAUCUGAUCCAGUCACGCCUGAAAAUUUCAACGGACAAAAGAGUUUUGUGAAGAAGUUGGGCCGUUACCUUGACCUAAAUCCGUUCGGCUCCAGGGGCGCUGUCAUCUCGUAUGGCUCAACGUCGACUGUGGUCUCAAAAUUUGGUGACACAACGACAUUACAAGCAUUUAUUAGUAAAGUAAACAACGCUUCAAAAGUAGGUGGCCAACGACGGAUGGACCGCGCUAUCAAAGCUGCUCUUAGUGUCUUUAACGACUCCCGACCAGCGAUUCCUAAAGUGGUUAUUCUUCUAACCACAGGAGGGCAACCGGCAGGAGUGCCCGCGGGAAUUAUAGACGCGGUGUUUGAACAGCUUUAUGAUCAGGGAGCCCGGUUGUAUGCAGUGACAAUCAAUGCACCAACAGUGUCUUUGCCGUUACACAGUUCUGACGGGUCAGACUGGUUCCCAGUGACAUCCUAUAGAGACUUGCCUACCCAAGUGCUGCCACUAGCGAGACAUGUAGCUAUAGAUACAGGUUUGGUGCUCCUCGAGAAAUCGUUCUUCAUUGGGAUUACAACAAGCCUGAGAUAACAGCCGACAUUUUGCGAUGCCAUCACUAGUUUCCCCAGGAAAUUACGUCUGAGCAAAGACUACAGAAAUUCCAUACUGAUGACGUGCCACUAUUCAGAUCUGGGUUGUACUUCUGAUUAGUUGUGCCGCGAGAGAAAUUCGCUUCAUCCCUUUGGAGACACCACCCAUAUCUACAUAGUGACGGUUUAUUAGUAGGGAGAGGUCAUUUCGAAAGGAAAUCACUGAUUGAGUCGCGAAAUUUCCACUGUUUUCUCAGGCUAGUUGUAAUCCAAAAACGAUUGAUUUCAGGCUACAUUACACCUCUUUUCAUCCGCACCAUUCAGCCAGCAGAAAGAAGAUGAAAUGGGCCCCAUUUCACUCUGUUUUAUUCUAUCGUACGAAAGGGUUACAUUACAGAAACGCGCCCAUUAACGUAUUAAGGAAUUGGUAACGAGUAACUUUUAAUCUCAACCUUUCACAAAAGGUGCUCGCAUUUUUCUCCUUACAUUGAUAUCGAGCGAGUGUUUUUGAAGGUGUUCCAAGUCGUCUGCAGGUCCAAGCGGAAGCUGUGCGAAGGUGUUCUAUUGCAGGGAGGACGUUCAUCAAACCAGUUGCUUAAUAAGCACUGCAUUUGUUUCUCUAGGGCACGUUUAACAAUUAACUAGUUCUCUUUUAUUGUAGAUUAACUUUUCGAGCCAAUUGCAUAAUCUUUAGCGACGAUUGCUAUAGAGAAGAAAUAGUAGCUGUUAAGAUCACAGAUACUUGGAAUAUUGAAAACGACAGAUGUAAAACGCCGUUAGACCGAAAUAAGCCUUUGAAAAUUGGGAUAGCAUGUUUUCAUUUCGAAGUUCUCCGUCCGUGGUUUUACUGUACUAGACCUCAAUCGUGGAAAGUCUGAUUUAGACCGAACAAGCUAUUGGUGACUAAAAACCUUAGUUACCCCGGAAUCGAAGCAUCAUUUAGAGCUUACAGUUUAUGUAUUUGUUCAAUUAUCUGUUUUGUUACGUUGCAGCUGCCCUUGGCCCUGAUGAUUUUGUGGCAGACGUAAUUUUUAUCCUCGAUUCCUCGUCAAGCGUCACACCAGAUGAGUUUGAAAAGGCCAAAGAAUUCGUGAAGUUAAUUGCAAGAUACCUCAACAUUGCA